GGCUUUACCUCCGUGCUGCGUGGGAAAUGGAUAACGUCCUCCCAGUGGACUCAGACCUCUUCCCAAACAUCUCCACUAACACCUCUGAACCCAACCAAUUUGUGCAGCCAGCCUGGCAAAUUGUCCUCUGGGCGGCUGCCUAUACGGUCAUCGUGGUGACCUCCGUGGUGGGCAAUGUGGUGGUGAUGUGGAUCAUUUUGGCCCACAAGAGAAUGAGGACAGUGACCAAUUACUUCCUUGUGAACCUAGCCUUCGCAGAGGCAUCCAUGGCUGCCUUCAAUACAGUCGUGAACUUCACCUAUGCUGUCCACAACGAGUGGUACUAUGGCCUGUUCUACUGCAAAUUCCACAACUUCUUCCCCAUCGCUGCAGUCUUUGCCAGUAUCUACUCCAUGACCGCCGUGGCCUUUGAUAGGUACAUGGCCAUCAUCCAUCCCCUCCAGCCCCGGCUGUCGGCCACAGCCACCAAAGUGGUCAUCUGUGUCAUCUGGGUCCUGGCCCUCCUGCUGGCCUUCCCCCAGGGCUACUACUCUACCACGGAGACCAUGCCCAGCAGAGUCGUGUGCAUGAUCGAGUGGCCGGAGCACCCCGACAAGAUUUACGAGAAAGUGUACCACAUCUGUGUGACUGUGCUCAUCUACUUCCUCCCCCUCCUGGUGAUUGGCUACGCAUACACCGUAGUGGGCAUCACACUGUGGGCCAGUGAGAUCCCUGGGGACUCCUCUGACCGUUACCACGAGCAAGUCUCUGCCAAGCGCAAGGUGGUCAAAAUGAUGAUUGUCGUGGUGUGCACCUUUGCCAUCUGCUGGCUGCCCUUCCAUAUCUUCUUCCUCCUGCCCUAUAUCAACCCAGAUCUCUACCUGAAGAAGUUUAUCCAGCAGGUCUACCUGGCCAUCAUGUGGCUGGCCAUGAGCUCCACCAUGUACAACCCCAUCAUCUACUGCUGCCUCAAUGACAGGUUCCGUCUGGGCUUCAAGCAUGCCUUCCGAUGCUGCCCCUUCAUCAGUGCCGGAGACUAUGAGGGUCUCGAAAUGAAGUCCACCCGAUACCUCCAGACCCAGGGCAGCGUGUAUAAAGUCAGUCGCCUGGAGACCACCAUCUCCACAGUGGUAGGGGCCCACGAGGAAGAGGCAGAGGAAGGCCCCAAGGCCAAUCCCUCGUCCCUUGACCUGACCUCCAAUGGCUCCUCUCGCAGCAACUCCAAGACUAUGACCGAGAGCUUCAGCUUCUACUCCAACAUGCUGUCCUAG